CAAGACUUGUAAUGUUGACAAUUCAACGCAGAGACUUUUACUCUCUGUAUCCAACGUAAAGAAGACUUGGUUGAAAGACAAGUUAUUGAGUCAAGCCAGUGAAUUUAUCUUUGUGGAGUAGUCUAUUAUUAUGUAUAAAGAGAUGAGCAUGAAACCCAAUAUUACCAUCACACACACAUACACACACAAAAAAAAAGAGUUACCAAUUUCCAUUUUUCUCUGCUUUUUUUUGUUUCAUUAGCUUGAAGAACGAUGAAAGACUCUUGGAACUCAACGAGUAUCAUUCCUUUCACUUUUUCUUCUCUCAUAUUCUUCUUAUUCACUUUUGAUUUUCAAGAUGUCUUUGGGGUUCCUACUAAACACUUAUGUCGUCUCGAACAAAGAGAUGCACUACUGGAGCUCAAGAAGGAGUUUAAGAUUAAGAAGCCUUGUUUCGACGGCCUUCAUCCGACGACGGAGUCAUGGGCGAAUAACAGUGACUGUUGCUAUUGGGACGGUAUCACGUGCAAUGACAAGUCCGGGGAAGUGCUUGAGCUAGACCUUAGUCGUAGCUGCCUCCAAAGCCGGUUUCAUUCCAACAGCAGUCUUUUUACGGUUCUAAAUCUUCGUUUUCUAACCACUCUCGACCUUUCCUAUAAUUAUUUCAGUGGCCAAAUCCCGUCUUGUAUUGAAAACUUUUCUCAUCUUACCACUCUCGACCUUUCUAAAAACUAUUUCAGUGGUGGGAUUCCUUCUUCAAUAGGAAAUCUUUCACAACUCACUUUUCUCGACCUUUCUGGUAACGAGUUCGUUGGUGAAAUGCCAUUUUUUGGCAACAUGAACCAGUUGACCAACUUAUAUGUUGAUUCCAAUGACCUUACUGGUAUCUUCCCCCUUUCCCUACUCAAUCUGAAACAUCUUUCGGAUUUAUCACUCUCCCGCAAUCAGUUCACAGGUACCCUUCCUUCUAACAUGAGCUCACUCUCUAACUUGGAGUACUUUGAGGCAUGGGGCAACGCUUUUACUGGAACUCUCCCUUCUUCUCUCUUCACUAUUGCUUCUUUGACGUCUAUUAAUUUGAGAAAUAACCAACUCAACGGCACUCUUGAGUUUGGGAACAUAUCUUCACCAUCUACACUAACUGUGUUAGACAUUAGCAAUAACAACUUCAUAGGGCCAAUCCCGAAAUCCAUUUCCAAAUUUAUAAACCUUCAGGACCUUGAUCUUUCUCAUCUCAACACCCAAGGCCCAGUUGACUUUAGUAUCUUCACGAAUCUCAAGUCGCUCCAACUUCUUAACCUAUCUCAUUUGAACACCACCACUACGAUUGACUUGAAUGCACUCUUUUCCUCGCAUCUCAACUCAAUCUAUUCAAUGGAUCUCUCAGGCAACCAUGUUUCAGCCACAACCAAAAUUUCAGUUGCAGAUCAUCAUCCUACGCAAUUGAUAAGUCAGUUGUACUUGUCUGGAUGCGGCAUCACUGAGUUCCCGGAGCUCUUAAGAAGCCAACACAAAAUGACGAAUCUAGACAUUUCCAACAACAAAAUCAAAGGUCAGGUGCCUGGCUGGCUAUGGACACUACCAAAGUUGAUAUUCGUUGAUCUUUCCAACAACAUUUUUACCGGUUUUGAAAGAUCAACGGAACAUGGACUAUCCUUAAUCACCAAACCAUCUAUGCAGUACUUGGUUGGCUCCAACAACAAUUUCACGGGAAAGAUUCCCUCUUUCAUAUGCGCUUUGCGCUCUCUAAUCACUCUUGAUUUAUCUGACAACAACCUCAAUGGUUCCAUCCCUCCAUGUAUGGGAAACCUUAAGAGUACUCUUUCAUUUCUAAACCUUCGUCAGAAUCGUCUUGGUGGAGGUCUUCCAAGGAGUAUAUUUAAAAGUCUAAGGUCACUUGAUGUCGGUCAUAACCAACUAGUCGGAAAACUUCCUAGAUCUUUCAUCCGUCUCUCUGCUCUUGAAGUUCUGAAUGUGGAAAACAACAGAAUCAACGACACAUUCCCGUUCUGGUUGUCUUCUCUCAAAAAGCUGCAAGUUCUUGUCUUACGCUCCAAUGCAUUCCACGGACCGAUACAUCAUGCCUCGUUCCAUACAUUGCGAAUCAUCAACUUAUCUCAUAAUCAAUUCAGUGGAACUUUGCCAGCAAACUAUUUUGUGAACUGGAAUGCUAUGUCAUCACUUAUGGCAACCGAGGAUCGGUCUCAAGAGAAAUACAUGGGAGACUCUUUUCGAUAUUACCAUGAUUCAGUGGUUUUGAUGAAUAAAGGCUUAGAGAUGGAGCUGGUACGCAUCCUAAAAAUCUACACAGCUCUCGACUUUUCUGAAAACAAAUUAGAAGGAGAGAUUCCAAGAUCCAUCGGUCUUUUGAAAGAGCUUCAUGUUCUUAACUUGUCAAGCAAUGCUUUCACCGGCCACAUCCCAUCAUCUAUGGGGAAUCUUAGAGAGCUCGAGUCACUGGACGUUUCUCAAAACAAGCUUUCAGGAGAAAUUCCACAAGAAUUAGGGAACCUAUCGUACCUUGCCUACAUGAACUUCUCUCACAACCAGCUUGGAGGUCUAGUACCAGGGGGAACUCAGUUUCGUCGACAAAACUGCUCUUCUUUCAAGGACAACCCUGGACUUUAUGGCUCUUCACUUGAAGAAGUUUGUUUAGAUAUUCAUGCACCAGCACCGCAACAACAUGAACCGCCAGAGUUAGAGGAAGAAGACAGAGAGGUGUUCAGUUGGAUAGCAGCUGCAAUAGGAUUCGGACCUGGUAUUGCCUUUGGAUUGACGAUUAGAUACAUACUGGUUUUCUACAAACCAGAUUGGUUCAUGCAUACCUUUGGCCACUUACAACCCUCUGCACAUGAAAAAAGAUUGAGGAGAAAGCAAUAAACCAAAGUGCAACUAUGGAUUGGUUUAGAUUUCUGUUAUUGUUUAUUGUUCAGUUUGGGGUGUUCUUCAUUUACUCUGUUUUUAGUCAACUUUUUUUUGUGUUUACAAUUAGUAGAACAACUCUGUUUAGUCAACUUUUAUGUAAUUGAGUAAGUCUGUUUCGUACCUCAAAUACAUUGACACGAAAUGUAUUGGCACUCAAAUAAAGAACAACAACGUGUAGAGUCAAACAAAUUGCAACGAAUGAAAACUCUAAUCAUCAAACUCGUAAACCUUCUCGCAAAACGAGCUGAAGAACAAUCUAAUUGCAGAGUGUGAAAUGCACUUAAAAAAAAAGAAAAAAAAAAGAGGGUAAUCUAAAGGAGAUAUGUCGGAGAAAAUCUGAUAAGCUUGGAGAAUCGGACAGCGAAUGCUUUCAUCUUCGAGGAUAAGAGUUGAACAAAAGAAAACACAGGAAAGUUUACUUCUUCUGAAUUGGUGAUACAGGCGAGGGAGAGAAGAAGGUAUUUCGAAGAGGAAGAAGAAGAUGGGCCAACCCGACCCGGAUUUGGAUCCGUUUAACAUAGCUCGUGGUCAACCGGUCUGGAAUACUCCGGUACAAUCAAGAGAGAACCAUGACAUGUCUCAGCACUCUCCAUCACGUCCGGUUAGUUGGCAACUUUCAUGUUUAUAGUAUAAUGGGCCUCCUUGGCCCAAUAUUCUCGAAACAUUGGACUAUUGGAGUUUCUCGUCAUCCUCAAAGCAAGUUAUUGGGAGGUGACUCAAAAUCACGUUCUUGAAAAAUUUUCCGAGUUAAAAAGUUAAACCUUUAUUUAAUUCUCCAAUUUGAUUUUCGUUUAUAUUUCUGGCUUUCGUCCUAAUGAAUAUACACUAGAUCUCACUUGUUUUUCUUCAUGUACGUAAUCAUUUUUGGGGGUGGCACGACUAAUCAUUGCUUGAGUUGAUCUUGAUCCAAAUCUUAGGAAGAUAAUGCGCAAUUAAUUGAAUUUUCAACCAAAAAAU